GGUACCCUUCACCCACGCAGGCCCCUCAAAAGUAACAAACACCAACAAAGACUUCUCUCUGCAAUUUCACUCCCACCAAAGCUUUCAGAACCAAAAAAGACGCACGAACGGAUUCACAUUUCAAAUAUCUCUUCUCUUCCUCAUCCAUGGCCUUUCUUCAACCUUUCCUUCUUCUUGAGCUCGCCCUUUUCUUCAUAAUAAACCCACCCCAAUACUCUCUCUCUGCAACACAGAAGGCACUGAUAUUACCCCUCAAAACACAGACACUCCCACAUGGUGGGUCACUACCAAAACCUUCAAACAAGCUCUCUUUCCGCCAUAAUGUCACCUUAACAGUCUCACUCACCGUAGGCUCGCCUCCACAGAGCGUUACCAUGGUCCUCGACACAGGGAGUGAGCUCUCUUGGCUCCACUGCAAGAAAAAUCCAAACUUCAACUCCAUAUUCAACCCACUUCUCUCUUCUUCCUACUCUACAAUCCCAUGCUCCUCACCCGUAUGCAAAACCCGGACCCAGACCCUACCCGUACCCGCUUCCUGUGACUCGAAUAAGCUCUGCCACGCGAUUAUCUCCUACGCUGACGCCUCCUCCAUUGAAGGCAACCUCGCGUUCGAAACUUUCCAUCUCGGAAACUCGGCCCGAAACGGUACGAUAUUUGGGUGCAUGGAUUCCGGGUUCAGUUCCAAUUCUGAGGAGGACUCCAAGACCACCGGGUUGAUGGGUCUGAACCGGGGGUCGUUGUCGUUCAUCAACCAAAUGGGUUUCCCGCAAUUCUCCUACUGUAUAUCGGGUCGUGACUCGUCCGGUGUUUUGCUUUUCGGCGAAGCGAGUUUCUCUUGGCUCCAACCCUUGAAUUACACCCCUUUGGUUCAAAUAUCGCAACCGUUACCCUAUUUCGAUCGGGUGGCCUAUACAGUUCAACUAGAAGGGAUUAAAGUUUCGGGUAAAAUUUUGGCGCUCCCGAAAUCUGUUUUUGUACCGGAUCAUACAGGGGCGGGACAAACCAUGGUCGACUCGGGUACUCAGUUCACGUUCCUACUCGGCCCGGUUUACACCGCUUUGAAGAACGAGUUCUUGCAACAAACGAAGGGAAUAUUGAGUCCCUUGGGUGAUCCUAACUUUGUUUUUCAAGGAGCUAUGGAUUUGUGCUACCGAGUCCCUUUGACUCGGCCAAGUUUGCCCCAGUUGCCUACAGUGAGCUUGAUGUUUUGGGGGGCCGAAAUGGUCGUAUCGGGAGAGAGGUUAAUGUAUCGGGUACCGGGCAUGGUGAGGGGUGGUGAUUCGGUGUAUUGUUUCACAUUUGGGAACUCUGACUUCUUGGGGAUAGAGGCUUUCGUGAUUGGUCAUCAUCAUCAGCAGAACUUGUGGAUGGAGUUCGAUUUGGUUAAGUCUAGGGUUGGACUAGCUGAGGUUAGGUGUGAUCUUGCAAGUCAAAGGCUUGGCUUGGGACCCUAGUUGAAAGAUUCAGGCAAAACUUGUAGGCUCAAUACACACACAUAUAUUCACCUACUUUCCAUUGGGGCACAUAUGCAAUCUAUAAAGUGGAUUUUGCUGAGUAA